AUGUUAUCUUCUAUUUUAGAUACUCAAGAAGGUGCAAUUUCUAUGAAACCAUCUGAAAUUGACUUGAGAAAUGAGCUAGAUAGGGAAUUAACCAAACGUAUGUUCGAUGAUGAAUACAUCAAUAACUCUAAUGAUAAAUCAAUUCAUUUUACUGAGCCUAAUGAACUACAAGAAUGGAUAAACUCGGAUAUAUCUACAUUAAUUCCUCCAUAUGAUAUAUUGUUUCCUUGGUUACACAGUUAUUCAACAGACAGUCCUCCACGUGGUGUAGGAAGAACCAUGAUAAUACGAUCUAGACAAAUAGUAGAUUUUGAAACAUUAGAAGAUUCAGGGAUCCUCAAGAAUUCUGUUGAGCCAAAUGACAUAUUUGUUGCUUGGUCAGAUUCUAUUAAUCAUAAUAUGUUAAGAUUCUAUUUGAAAAAUUAUUCGAUAUUAGAGAACCUUUCUACAAUAAAAGAUUUCCUAGGCGAGAUAGUAGAUUGGAUUGUUGAAAGACUUAGUAUUAAUUUAUCCAAUAUUCAAAAAAAUAUUAUUAUCAAAGUGUGUAUUCACUUUAAAAUAUUACCAUUUUUAAAGACAGAUUUUGAAUCAAUUAAAGAAUUUUGUGGUUCUAAUAGAGAUAAAGUUGGUGUAACAGUUACCUCUAAUUCAGACAAAUCUUCCGAUGCAUUAUGGAAACAAUACACUAAUUCUUUUAGAAGAUUUGAUUUACAGUGUGCCAAAAUGUUAGAAUUAUCAUCGAAAGUUGUGCUCUAUUGUCUAAAUGAGAAGGAUCAUCAUAUUCAUGAUUCAUGUGAAUACUGUGUCAACUUCCGAUUCAUACUAAGUCUAGCAAUGACUUUAUUAGAUAGAAAAGAUGGAUCAAGUUAUUGUAAAGAUAAAAUAUACAUUUUAAAACAUAUGGGUUAUAAAACGAUACCGAAGUCUUUAAUAGGGACACCUCCUCUGAAUAAUAUAGUGAAAAGAGGUGAAGAGAAUUCAGAAAUUAAUAGCUCAAUUACUUCUCCUUAUGAUGCAAUAUUAUUUAAUAAUUGGGAUAGAGCAUUUAAAAUACAUGAAAAACUAGAGAUGGCUAAAUUGACGUCACGAUCAUGUAUUGACCUUGAACAUUCGUUUUGGUGUGGGAAUACUACUGAUUUCAGAAUCAUAAAGUUUUUCAAUUUAAAUGAUAACGUAUACAACAAUAAAAAAUUCAAGUUGGAAGACAAUAAAAAAUAUUCUUAUUAUUCUCCAGAAAAUUCGAUCACAGUGUUACCUUCAAUCGAUUUAUCCAUUCAGAAUAAUAAUAAUAAAAAUGAAAUGGAACCUAACAAAUUUGAUACUUCAAAUUUAGAAAGGAAUCUAUUUAAUAUCCCGUUUGUUGAAUGUCAAGAAAUGAAAGAUGUUGAAAGAAACUUGUUUAUACGUUGUUCAGAAAAUGCUUCAUUACUAUCAACUGAACAGUUGUGGGAUACUUUAUGUCACACAUUGAAUGUAACUUUGGACCCUCAACAAGACAUUUUGUUUUCGUUUCCUAGUUCUGGUAGUAUUGGUCUUGGAAGUUUAAAUAUUUCGUCAAUUGGGAAUAUUUUGAAUACAUGUUAUUUCAUGUAUAUAAUAUCUCGUAGAACCAAUUAUAAGACAUUAUUGCAUUGCAGAGAUGGUUAUACAGAAAUAACUUUUUUACUCGUGACUUAUUUGUUAUUUUUAUGGGAUAUCUCGUUAGAGGAAGUUAUUAUUAAGCUUAAUACAGAUUGUGAGAGACCUUUUUAUUUGUUUCAAACAGAUAUUCAAGUAUUAAAUCAUUUACAAUUAUUGAUAAGAAGCUUUAGUCCUAAACGCAAAGAAAACUUUCAACGAUAUAAUAACUAUCCUCUUAAUGAUAUACCUGAGCCAUUAGAGAUUGAUUCUGAAAUGUUCAGCAAUAUAUUUUUUGCAAAAUUACCUGAUACAGAUAUCAAUUUAAAUAAACUAAAUGGACCUUUACCGUCUCGAAUUUUAAAUCAUCUAUAUCUAGGAUCACUAGAACAUGCUCAAUCACCUGCAUUAUUGAAAAGAUUAGGUAUUACUCAUAUUGUAUCUGUUGGUGAAAUAAUAUCAUGGGUUAAACCAAACUUAACAUCUACCAUAAUAGAUGUACGAAAUCGUGGUAUGAGUACUACUAAUAAUAUACAUGUAGUGAAAAGUAGUGUUAGAGAACAAAGAAGUGCAACCAUUACUACAGGUGAUACGACUCAUCUCUCAAGUACCUCAAUACAUCAAUUUGUUCAAGAUGGGUUUAAUAUUCUUAAGAUAAAUAAUUUACAAGAUAAUGGUUUCGAUUGUAUCACUGGUCAAUUGGAAGAGAUACUAAAAUUUAUUGAUGUUGCAUACAAAGAAGGAGGUAAAGUAUUGGUUCAUUGUAUGGUUGGUGUAUCAAGAUCUGCCACUGUAUGUAUUGCUGAAUGUAUGAAACGAUUUAGAUGUGAAGUUCUAAAAGCAUAUUUAUAUGUUCGUGUUCGUCGGCUUAAUAUUAUUAUUCAACCAAAUUUAAUGUUCAUGUAUGAUUUGCUAAAAUGGCAAGAAGCUCUUGGGAUCAAACGUGAAAUGAAUUGGCAUAUAAUUUGCCGCAAUAUUUUGGAACUAAAUAAACGAUAUGUUUAA